AUGUCGGUCGCGAAGUCGAGAUUGCUGGAAUUGAUGAAGGUCCAAUGCCGGAUCUUCUCAACUACAUUCAACCCCGACAGACUUAGAACAGGAAAUAAGAUUCUUCGACAGAGAUUAAAGGGACCAGCGUUAGCUGCAUACUACCCACGAAAAAUGGCGACCAUAAAAGAUCUGCAGAAGGCCUACGACGAAUAUGACGUCGAAACUUAUGACGAUGAUGAAGAAGAUAGAUUUGAACACAUUACUAUUCUGAAAGCAAGAGGAAAGGGAGCACCGAAGAAGAAGAGGACUGCGGAAGAUUCCAAGAAGUUCAAGGGAAAGAAGAGGUAG